AUGUUAUUUUCGUUUUCUUUAGUUUACCAGGGUGAAUUUACACAUCAAACUGGUGAUAAGGGAGGUGGGUGUUUUGGUACCGACGAGAGAGAUCCUAUUAAAAAAGUUUGGACCGAUCCCGAUUCUCCCGCUACUUGCUACAAAUUUUACAGUGAUGUACACUGCGAGGGAAAAGUAGUUUGGGAAGGCUGUGCCACCACCUUUCCGGCACCGCCGCCUAAUUUUGAGGUCGAAGAAUAUGUGAUGGUUGAUGCAGAAUGA